GCCGUCCAGCAGAUGUCUUCAAAUGUUUUGCUUGACUGACCUUUUGAGGAACCGAUGCGCCCCAAGUCUGGAACAAAGUCAUUUGGUUUACACCACUCAUUUUCACGUGUGGUUUUGAUCUUUUGAUACAAGCCUACAGAAAACAGCUGCUGCAUUAUAACGUUUCAAAAACUUAAGUCAGUACUUCCGGGUCAGAGAAAAUGGUUUUCAAAAUAAACUCCAAUAGCGACAAUAAAACGAAUGCGAAUCUAAUAUAUUAUUUUAAUAGUUUACGAAAAACUAUUUUUAUUUUAAAAUAUUUUAAAUACUAAACCGUUUUCAAUGUCGUAUUACAUAUGUAGUUAUAUUUUGGCUUACAACGUUCCUGGAGGUACUUUUAAUCUUUAGUUACAGUGGUUGUGACACCGGAACAGAAAGAAAAGUUAUUUUAUUUCCCGCGAAUUUUGCUACGUUACCAUAGCAAUGGAUGGAAGCGAUUGGUUAAACACCUUUACACAUUUUCAGGCACACAUUCGCGGAUAUCUUGCGAGAAAGGAGAUCAACUGUGCAUGUUCAGAGUUUGAGGACGUUGUAAGAGAAAUUGACGGAGACGUUGGCCAUUUGGAUUGGAAGGGGCACAUUAUUCCGAUACCUCACUUUAAAGACACUGCUGACCCUUUGCGGAAAUCUGACACCUUAUCAAAAAGACAUGUGGAAAAGGAACGGGACAGAGGAAGCGGUUCCGUGGAGCAGACGGGAGACACUGAAGGGGUACAACUUCAGUAUCUGUCAGACAGGAUAGAACCAGAAAGAGACGAUCCGCACAGCCAUGGGCGGGUAUCCGUCUCUCUGGGUUCUUGCAGUGCUUCUAGUCCUGUGGGUGAAGGGGAGCUGGGGAGCUGUCAGGUGGAGCACCUGCAGGGGGGAGGCCGGCUGGAGGACAGAGGCCGGCUGGAGGACAGAGGCCGGCUGGAGGACAGAGGCCGGCUGGAGGACAGAGGCCGGCUGGAGGACAGAGGCCGGCUGGAGGACGGAGAGGAUGCAACUUCUGUCUGGAGCAGUCUGGACACUAGCUACGGACAUUUCCCCAAAGGUUCCCAUCAGCGGCGGACCCUGGCCAGGGACAUGCCCAGGACCCCUGAGGCCUUGAAGUUACACAGGAAUUCUCUGGCUAUGGAGAUGCUGUGGCUUCAGCAGGCUAUCGACAGCCGUAAGAAGUACCUGACACUGAAGGAGAGACUAAAUAUGUCCUAACAUGGCAGAGGAACAAGAGGCUAUUCUCAACUGGACAUUUCUUCUGGACAUAAUGUGUCAUUCUGACAAGUUACUGUUUUGAGUAAUCCUUUUAUUCUGUUGAAGAUACAAAGCAAUAUACAGAAAAUAACAAAGUUGGUUUUUGAUCCUUACAUAUAUCUGAUAAUUUAUGAUGUGAAUCAUUGAUAAAGUGUGAAUGCUUUCUAUAAACAAUAAACUUAUAU